AGGCUGCGGCGUGGUGGGGACCGGGGGGCCGGAGGGGCUGGGCGAGCUCCGCUCCUGGUGGGAAGUCCCGGCCAUCGCUCACUUCUGCUCCCUCUUCCGCACCGCUUUCCGUCUGCCCGACUUCGAGAUAGAGGAACUGGAAGCUGCUCUUCACAGGGAUGAUGUGGAGUUUAUCAGUGAUCUGAUUGCCUGCCUCCUUCAGGGUUGCUAUCAGCGCAGGGACAUCACGUCACAGACGUUUCACAGCUACCUUGAGGACAUUAUCAACUACCGCUGGGAGCUGGAGGAAGGGAAACCCAACCCCCUACGGGAAUCCACUUUCCAGGAGCUGCCGCUGCGCACCCGCGUGGAGAUCCUGCACCGCCUCUGCGAUUAUCGGCUUGAUGCAGAUGACGUCUUCGACCUCCUCAAGGGUUUGGAUGCAGACAGCCUCCGUGUAGAACCACUGGGUGAGGAUAGUAAUGGCGCCCUCUAUUGGUAUUUCUAUGGCACUCGUAUGUACAAAGAAGAGCCAGUGCAGGGGAAAUCAAAUGGAGAGCUGGCUUCAGACAGGGGAAGUGGGGGCCAGACAAACACCCCAAAUGUUCCUGGGAAAACAGGCAAGAGACGAGGGCGACCCCCAAAACGGAAGAAACUGCUGGAGGAGAAUCUGUUGAGGGAGAAGGCUGAAGAGAACUCGCUCGUGCAUGAGACCCAGAUGAAAAAUGGGUCCCAGGGACCAGGCCGUGGGACAUGGUGGCUGCUGUGUCAGACAGAAGAGGAGUGGAGACAAGUCACAGAGAGCUUCAGAGAGAGAACCUCCCUAAGAGAAAGGCAGCUCUACAAACUCCUGAGUGAAGACUUCCUGCCCGAGAUUUGCAACAUGAUUGCCCAGAAGGAGAAGCGUCUGCAGCGCACGGAGUUUUCGCCCAGAUGGAUGUCUGACCGUCAGCCCAUUAAACCAAUCCAGCAGGAGGUGACUCCAAGUGUGCUCAGCAGGAUGGAGAAGCAAAGGCGCAGGGAGGAAGAGGAGGAGCGCCAGAUCCUUCUGGCAGUGCAGAAGAAGGAGCAGGAACAGCUGCUAAAGGAGGAGAGGAAGAGGGAGAUGGAGGAGAAGGUCAAAGCAGUGGAAGAACGAGCCAGGAGGAGGAAGCUCCGGGAAGAACGGGCUUGGCUUCUGGCCCAGGGGAAGGAGCUUCCCCCAGAACUUUCCCACUUAGAUCCCAGUUCUCCUGCUAGGGAGGAAAGGAAGACCAAGGAUCUCUUUGAACUGGAUGAUGAGUUCACCGCCAUGUACAAAGUUCUAGAUGUGGUAAAGGCUCACAAGGACUCUUGGCCCUUCUUGGAACCAGUUGAUGAAUCAUAUGCUCCAAACUACUACCAGAUCAUUAAGGCUCCCAUGGACAUUUCUAGCAUGGAGAAGAAGCUGAAUGGAGGUCAGUACUGCACCAAGGAAGAGUUUGUGGGUGACAUGAAGACCAUGUUCAGGAACUGCCUAAAAUACAAUGGUGAAGGCAGCGAAUACACCAAGAUGGCAUACAACUUGGAGAGAUGCUUCCACCGGGCAAUGAUGAAGCACUUCCCUGGUGAAGAUGGGGACACGGAUGAGGAGUUCUGGAUCAGAGUGGAUGGGAAACGGGAGAAGAGGAGCCGUCGGACCGGGCGCUCCAGCACUGGCAAUGUUUGGACCCGAUCUAGAGACCCUGAGGGAUCAGGCAGGAGACAGCAACACCUGGAGAAUGGAGGGAAACCACCACCAUUCCGGGCUACUUCCCGGGCUCCUGUUUCCUCCUCAUCUUCCUCCUCUGCAGAGGAACCAAGUGGCAGCACAAUGCAACCCCCUCGGGAGGUGGGCGCUUCCAACGGCCAAGGCUUCCCUCGCCCACUGCAUUAUGGUGGAAUGCCCAGCCAGGUGCCACACCCUGGCCAGAUGCGGCCAGCAGUGCCAGGAACAUUUGGCCCUCUGCGGGGAUCAGAUCCAGCUAAACUGUAUGGAUCGCCGCGAGUACCAGAACCCCACCCUGGAGAUCCAGUUCAGCAGCACCAGCACUUUGCCAUGCAGUCUACAGUCGGACUGAAUGAACACAGAGGACACAGACUGGCUGCACCAGAGAAGCAGGUGUGUGCAGGGCCAACACAUGUCUCUGCACUGGGGCCACAGCCUGGAUCCCUGCAGCUUGGGCGGAUGAGUGGCCCUCCCCCAGAUGCUAGUAUGUACCCUCCAGUGCAGUUCCAGCAAGGAUUUAUUCCUCCAAGGCACAAUGGACCUCCAAUGAGACCACCUGAGAGCUCAGAGGUCCCCCCAGGCCAUAUGUAUAGACCAUAUAAAUAUCUAAAUCGAGCGCAUCCUGCUGCAUGGAAUGGAAGCCACAGUGCUACAAACCAGACCUCCCUGGGCCCAGACGAGAAGCCCCCGUUGAGCACAGGACCUUCUUUGCAGUCUCGUGCUCUUAGUCACAUGAUGGACCCUCGGGCAAUAAGACCACCUCUGCCUCCCAGCCAGUGGACUGAGCAAUCAAAUUUCCUACCUCAUGGGGUCCCUGCCUCAGGAUACAUCAGACCGCCCGGUAAAGCCACCGGUCAGAGAAUGCAGCAGCCUCCAGCCUCUGUGUUUGGGGGACCCCCUCAAGUUCAGAGAGGAUGCCAAGGUGGGGAUUCCAUGAUGGACAGUCCAGAGAUGAUCGCCAUCCAGCAGCUGUCAUCUCGUGUGUGCCCACCGGGUGUGCCUUACCACCCCCGUCAGCCUCCUCCCCCGCAUCUGCCUGGCCCCUUCCCACAGCUGGCCCAUGUCGCAUCAGCAAAUGUGCAGCCUCCGAAACCGGUCUUGGGUAACGGAAACUCUCAGGAUACCAGUCAGACAGUGGAGCCAGAAAGCAACCGAGUGGAGCCCUCACCUGGAGUAGAAGAGAAGGCUCAGUGCAUCAGUGUUCCAGAAGGGACGUACCCCAAACUGCUACCUCAUUCCAACCCCCCCCUACAGAUGGACUGCACCAGACGGAGCUUGCCGCGGGAGGAGGAGGGAGAUGACUCUGGAACUAAAAAUGACCCGAAGGCAAUGCAAAGCAAGAGUGCCUGGCCAGGACAGAGCACCUACACUGGCCCGACAGGUCAGGCGUGCGUGAGAGACCUUGUGACAGCACCUGAGAGAGGGCCUGGACCUGAAAAUGGGGCUGUAGGUGAAGGACCCUCCAGUGGCAAUGAGGGGAAAGGACUGGCUGUUAACAUCUUGGAGAAGCCCCUUUGUCCUGGGGGGAAGACUUUGUCAGAAGUCGCUGUGCCUUGUAUGGGACAAAGCACCAGUACUCCUGGUGUGGAUGGAGGCUCAGUGGGGGGGGCUCCGAGCCAGUUUCCGCCUCUCUACAUGCCUGGUUUGGAGUAUCCAAAUUCAGCCACACGUUACCAUAUCAAUCCAGGACUGCAGGGGUUCAGCCCUAUGAUGGGAGGGAAGCCUCCCUCCGUGUCCCAUCCACAGCAUUUCCCCACUCGGGGCUUUCAGCAUAGUAACACCCAUCCCGGUGUCUUUCCUCGGUAUCGCCCCCAUCAGGGGGUGCCAUAUCCCUAUCAGCCACAACCUCCACCUUCCUACCACCACUACCAGCGACCUCCAUACUACACUUGUCCACAAGGCUACUCAGACUGGCAAAGGCCUCUCCACCCCCAGGCCAACCCUGGUGGGCAUCCACCCGCCCACCCACCUCUGGCUAGGCCUUCUUUCUCAGACAGGGGGAAUGUGGGUAGUCUGCAGGGCUGCGAGGCAUUCAGCACUGCCCUGGCGUCCCCAAACCGAAUGGACAUGGCAAGCGCCAAAGAGGUUCCUCCAGGCGAUGGGCAGGAUCCGGGGCCUGAAGAUGAGAAGUCAGAUGAAUCCCAGGAGAGGCCAGAGAGUCCCAAAGAGUUUCUUGAUUUGGACAACCAUAAUGCAGCCACCAAGAGGCAGAGCUCAGUGGCAGCAGGGGAGUUCCUAUAUGGGGCUCUCCCCCCGCCUCUGAGUUCUGGGAUCAGAUUUGGUCCAUCAGCUUUCCCUCCCCAUGGGGUGAUGCUGCAGACAGGGUCUCCUUAUGCAUCUCGGCAUCCAGCCAGUCAUUUCCAGCCCAGGACCUAUGGAUCACCAGUGAACGCUCACUUGUCUCGUCAUCCAGCCACCGGCCAAGCCAAUGGCCUCACUCAGGAGGGACCCCUGUACCGCUGCCGGGAAGAGAACAUGGGUCACUUUCAGGCCCUACUGAUGGAGCAGAGAGGCAGCGGAGGUGGCAUGGGGGUGGCCCAGGACAUGUACAGACCACUGGGAAUGCAAAUACACCAGACCCAAGCACCCUUCCCAAAGGUGCCUACAGCAACCACGUCCCGGGAGGAGCUGCCACCACAAAAACCAUCAGCAUUGCCUCUGGAUCAAAGCUAGUCCAAGGAAGGAAGAAUCCCAAGGAGAUGAAAGCCACACGUGAUUUGGACAUGGGAGAAGGAGGACAUAGGCAUCCUACCUUCCCCCUCUCCCCAGUGGCAUGUAGCUUCCAGGGUCCAGUGGAACACAGUGUCUUGAUGGCUCUUGUGUGUGUUUAAACAUGGGAUAGUCCUGGGUCCCUGGCUACCAGCUGUAUGGCUGAUCUCAACAGCGCAGAGGAUGCAUCUCAAACUAGUGGCUUGUCAUGACUGGAGAGUGUGUCUCAUUCAGGGUUUGGGUUGGGAGGGGGAGAUCGAAACUGUCAUGAACUGCUAAACUCAGGUAUAUUUUUCAGGGUGGAAGAGGGACGACGAUGGAAUUUACUUGUAGUAUUAACGUGUGUGUUUGGAGCUGGAUCCAGUUUACAGAAUUUACCUGUUGCCUUUUUUAAUAAAUUUCUGUUGUUGGUGAA